CUGCGACCAGAUUUCCAAACCCGGCCGUUGAAAUCAUCCACACUCAUCGAAACAGCGGAUCGCCGGACGAAAAUUCGUUGCGCAUCGGAUUUGACGAUCAAAGACCAGUAACUUGCUGCGGUCUUCCAGCCGCGCCGGCCACCAUGGACGCUCAGGACCUUGAGGAGGCGAAUCGCCUGCGGGUGUCGCUGGGCAUGAAGCCAUUACCCGUGCCCGGCGGCAGCACCGACGGCCCAGCCUACAAAGAGAAGGCCCAAGACGCAGAAGACGGCGAUGGCGAGCCAGCGAGCACACUCGAAACGCGCGAAGCGGCGGCGUACGACAACUACAAGAAGGUCAUGGAGGCGGAGGCUGCCAAGAAGAAGCGCGAAGAGAAGCUUGCGGCCAUCAAGAAGGCGCGCGACGCCGCAAAAAGAGCCGAGGUCUUCGAGGGCAAGGGCCUGGGCGACGCCGACGACGACAACGACGUGAGCGCAAAGGCUUGGCUCAAGAGCCAGUCCAAGCGUCAGAAGAAGAUUGACCAGGCACGAAAAUACGAAGAGCAGCUGGCAGCUGCGGAGGCGGAGGCUCUUGCAAAUGCUCAGUACACCUCGAAAGAUCUGGCAGGAGUCCGCGUCGGUCACGAGGCCACGGCUUUUGAGGAUGGUGAUGCAUACGUUAUGACCUUGAAGGACACAAAUGUCCUCGAUGAAGAGGACGGCGACGAGCUUGAGAACGCUGAUCUUCGGGACAAAGAGAAACUCAACCGCAACCUGGAGCUCAAGAAGAAGAAGCCGGUAUACGACGUACACGCGACGAUCGAAGAUGGCGAACAGAGUCUGCUCGCACAAUACGAUGAGGACAUGGGAAUCAAAAGGUCAAAACGAUUCACGCUUGAUGCUUCUGGGACCGGCUCGGGCGCUCAGACGUUGGGCGACAUGGCGGAGCAGGCCAUCGGGCAACGAGCUACGAAGAUCAAUCUGGACAUCUUGGAGGACGGCAAGCCGAAUUCCGAUUACCUGGACAUUUCCGAGAUCAAAGUCAAAAAGCCAAAAAAGAAGAAGAGCAAGUCGACAAGGAAAAGGCCGGCGGAUGAUGACGACAUCUUCCCUACUGAGCCCGCGGAAGAAGACCACUCUAUGGAGGUGGACUCAGGUGCAGGCUUCAUCAGUAAGAAGCGCAAGACUGACGACUCUGCAUUGAUCGACGACGAGGACCUUCAAGCAACUCUCUCUAUACAAAGACGCGCAGCGUUGAAGAAAAGGAAGAGGGUACGACCUGAGGAUCUGGCGCGACAGCUCAAGGAGGAAGCCAACAACGACGACUCAGAAGACUUUGGCGACCUGGGUGAGGGCGGCCUCGUUCUUGACGAGACGUCCGAGUUUGUGUCAAACUUGAAGAAGGAGGAUAUUGAGGAAAGGAGGCCACGGCCCAAGCAGAGUGCGCCUGAACCCGUCACGGCAAUGGAAGAAGACUCCGACGAGGAUGAGCGCAUGCACGAUGGCAGUUAUGCGGACGAGGAGCCCGUCAAGCGCGAGGAGUCACCAAUCAAUGAGGCUGCCGUCAUCGGAGUCGACGAGGAGAAGACUGUCGGAACUGGUGUCGGUGCGGCAUUGCAGCUCCUGAGAGAGCGCAAUCUGAUAUCGCAGACCAACUCGUCCGAUCUCAACAACAAGCUACGACAGCGGGAGGCGUUUAUUGCGGAGAAGAAGACGAAGAUCCACGAGAUUGAGGAAGCUGCACGAAGACAGCGUGAACGAGAUCGUGCCAGUGGCAGACUUGACCGAAUGACGGUCCGCGAAAGGGAAGAAUAUGCGCGUCAGCAGAACAAUGCGCGUGACCUUCAGGCUUCUCGCCAGCUUGCUGAGAUAUACAAGACAUCAUAUGUGCCAAACGUCGAGCUCAAGUAUCACGAUGAGUUCGGACGGUCUCUCGACGCGAAGGAGGCCUUCAAGCACCUCUCGCACGCCUUCCAUGGCAAGGGCAGUGGGAAAGGCAAAACGGACAAGCGACUCAAGAAGAUUGAAGACGAGAGGCGUCGCGAGGCCCAGAGCUUCCUGGAUGAUAGCCAGAACGUCGGCAUGAGUUCUGCGACUGCGCAACAGACCAAGAAGAACAAACAAGCAGGAGUCCGGUUGGCAUGAUUGCCCAUCCGGCACGAUUAUUGAGCACAUUCCGAGGAAGGGCCUCGACACUAUCCAAAGGUGCUUCUUCCCUUUACAUGUACACUUAUCAAUACAUGGAUAUUCUAAUGCUGACACUGCAAGACACGAAGGACUUCUGACCCAGUGGCUUGGAGACCAGUUGGACUAUACGGCCUGACGCUUGGGGCUGCUCGGAAGACUCGCUGCCAGGGGCGAUUGCUCUCAAGUUGCCCUGCCGUGAUUUGUGAUUUUCGUGUGCACCGCAUUGAAUUCUGUGCCACCGUGACGAACGUGAUUUGUUAAAAUGCAUGGGGCAUUCCGCUCCAGUGAACGUCUGCACUCUUGCAUACCACAGGACAGUCUUUGUACUGUAUCUCAUGUGAUACGAUAUGCUCGCAGAGGAGCAAAGGUGAGAUCUGAUGUUUAGCAACGAAACUUUCGACAUAGAUAUUACAAUACAUUACAGU